CCAAAACGCCCUAUCUUCUCCCUUUCGCUCUCUUCGCUAAACCCUACAGUCUCUGGAACACCUCAUCUCAACGGCACUCUCUGUAGAGAGAGAGAGAGUGGGGGAGUAAAAAAAACAAUGAACCCUUCGAUUCUAACUCCAUCUCCUUCUUCUUCACAUCCAGCAAUCCUCUUCUCACCAAGGUCAAACCUCUUCGUCUCUCUCAGCAGACACCGCCACUGCCACCGUCAUUUUCGAUACCGAAUCUCCACCGUCCGAUGUUGUUCACCCAACUCCUCGGACCAGCCAGCUGGCAACUCGACCUCUUCCGAUGUGUUUGGGGGCAAGAAGGAGCUCACAGGGAUCCAAUCCCUCGUCGAUUCCAUGUCGCCGCCUGUUAGGUUGGUGAGCUCGGCCGUUGUCUUUGCUGGUGUGGUCGCCGCUGGGUAUGGUUUGGGGCUCCGUUUGGGGGGUUCUCGGACGGCCGGAGUGGGUGGUGCUGUUGCGUUGGGUGCUGCCGGAGCUGGAGCCGCUUACGCUCUGAAUUCUUGCGUUCCGGAGGUUGCGGCGGCGAACUUGCAUAAUUAUGUGGCCGGUUCUGAUGAUCCGGUUGGAUUGAAGAAGGAAGACAUUGAAGGAAUUGCGAACAAGUACGGAAUUAGCAAACAAAAUGAAGCAUUCAAUGCAGAGCUUUGUGAUUUGUACUCUCGGUUUGUUUCCUCUGUUCUUCCUCCUGGAAGUGAGGAUCUUAAAGGCAAUGAAGUUGAAACCAUUAUCAAAUUUAAAAGUGCAUUGGGCAUUGAUGAUCCUGAUGCUGCCACCAUGCAUAUGGAGAUUGGUAGGCGGAUUUUCAGGGAAAGGCUUGAAACUGGUGAUCGUGACACUGGCAUAGAGCAGCGUCGGGCAUUUCAGAAGCUAAUAUAUGUUUCAACCCUUGUGUUUGGAGAAGCAUCAACAUUCCUUCUGCCUUGGAAGCGUGUGUUCAAGGUUACUGAUGCCCAGGUUGAAGUGGCUAUUCGUGACAAUGCACAACGGUUGUAUGCCUUUAAGCUAAAGUCAGUUGGCAGAGAUGUUGAUGUCCAACAACUAUUUAGCCUAAGGGAAGCUCAAGUUCUUUAUCGACUUUCUGAUGAGAUUGCUGAAGAGAUGUUCAGGGAGCAUGCUAGAAAACUUGUUGAAGAAAAUAUAUCAACUGCACUUGGCAUAGUGAAGUCUAGAGCAAGAGCAGUCAGGGACACCUCACAUGUCAUUGAAGAGCUUGAUAAGAUACUGGCAUUCAAUAACUUGCUGAUUUCAUUAAAGAAUCACCCUGAUGCUGGCCAAUUUGCUCCUGGGGUUGGGCCUAUUUCAUUGUUAGAUGGUGAGUAUGAUGUAGAUAGAAAGAUGGAUGAACUGAAGCUCCUGUUCAGAGCAUAUGUUACAGAUGCACUCUCAAGUGGUCGCAUGGAAGAAAAUAAGCUUGCUGCAUUGAACCAAUUGAGGAAUAUAUUUGGUUUAGGCAAGCGAGAAGCAGAAUCCAUAAUGCUGGAUGUUACCUCAAAAGUGUAUCGUAAACGACUUGCUCAGGCUGUAUCAGGUGGUCACUUAGAAUCUGCUCAGAGUAAAGCAGAGUUCCUACAGAGCCUCUGCAAUGAGUUGCAUUUUGAUCCACAGAAAGCCAUUGAAAUCCAUGAAGAAAUUUACCGGCAAAAACUUCAGCAAGCUGUUGCUGAUGGAGAGCUCAGUGAAGAGGAUGUUAAAGCCCUUGAGCGGUUACAAGUCUUGCUUUGUAUUCCACGUAAAACUGUUGAAGCAAUUCAUGCAGUUAUCUGUGGUGGCUUGUUUGAAAAGGUCGUGAAGGAUGCAAUUGCUGCUGGAGUUGAUGGAUAUGAUGCUGAUGUAAAAAAAUCUGUGAGAAAGGCUGCACAUGGUUUACGCUUAACAAGGGAAGUCGCAAUGUCUAUUGCUAGUAAAGCAGUCCGGAAAAUUUUCAUGACCUAUAUACAACGAGCACGUGCAGCUGGGAGCCGAACAGAGUCUGCAAAAGAACUUAAAAGGAUGAUAGCUUUCAACACCUUGGUUGUGACUGAACUAAUUACAGACAUUAAAGGUGAAUCAUCUGAAACUGCAGCCAAAGAGCCCAUUAAAGAAGAUGAUAGACAGACAGAUGAGGAUGGGGAAUGGGAAUCAAUCCAAUCACUCCGAAAAAUAAGGCCUAGUAGGGAUCUUUCUGGAAAGGCUAGCCAGACAGAGAUAACUCUCAAAGAUGACCUGCCUGAAAGAGAUAGGACUGACCUUUAUAAGACGUACUUGUUAUUUUGUCUUACUGGAGAAGUCACCAGGAUCCCAUUUGGCGCGCAAAUCACCACAAAGAAAGAUGAUUCUGAAUAUGUGCUGCUAAACCAGCUUGGUGAAAUUCUAGGUUUGACUAGCAAAGAGAUUGUGGAAGUGCAUAGGGGCUUGGCUGAGCAGGCAUUCAGGCAACAAGCUGAGGUUAUUUUAGCAGAUGGACAGUUAACCAAAGCCAGAGUUGAGCAGCUAAAUCAGCUGCAGAAGCAAGUUGGUUUGCCACCUCCGUAUGCUCAGAAAAUAAUUAAGAGCAUAACAACUACAAAAAUGGCAGCUGCCCUUGAAACUGCCGUUGCUCAGGGGAGGCUUAGUAUAAAGGAGAUACGAGAACUAAAGGAAGCUGGUGUUGAUCUAGACAGCAUGGUAUCUAAGAGCCUAAGGGAGAACCUCUUUAAGAAAACAGUGGAUGAAAUUUUCUCUUCUGGUACUGGAGAGUUUGAUGAAGAGGAAGUCUAUGAGAAAAUCCCACACGAUCUCAACAUUGAUGCAGCAAAGUCAAAAACAGUUGUCCAUGAACUUGCACGAAGUAGAUUAUCUAACUCGUUGAUUCAGGCUGUAGCUCUCUUAAGACAAAGAAACCGUCCAGGAGUGGUUUCCUCUCUCAACGACUUGCUAGCCUGCGACAAGGCCGUACCUGCACAGCCUUUAUCAUGGGAGGUGCCUGAGGAGCUGGCCGAUCUCUUUGUUAUAUACCUAAAGAGUGAACCUGCCCCAGAAAAGUUGUCCCGGUUGCAGUACCUGUUGAACAUUAGUGAUUUGACAGCAGAAUCCCUAAGAGCAUCGGGGGAUAGAUUGGCUGAUGGGGCUGAGGAGGAAGAGUUUGUAUUUUAAGUUCUGUGAUUGUGCUAGGCGCGGUGUAUGAGUUAAAAAUCCAGGUUGAGCCAUAUGUAUCUGCACUGUUUUGAGAAACAAAUUCAUAGUGCCAUUAGAUUAGAAGAAAGUAAUUGGUUAAUAAUAUUAUUCUCUGGUGUGAUUUUUGUUUAGUCAUAGCAAAUUAUAUUAGAACAAGGGAAUUGGUUCGAUUGUUUCAGGGUGCAUAGUGGUUGGCUACCAUUCCUGGAUUUUACUAGGCAUGUGGCCAAGGCCAUUCUCACUAUGCUUGUGUUGUCAUUUGAUCUAAACAAGAAUCAUUUUUGCAA